AAACAAGCAACAUGGCGGCGAGUUUUUGCCAGCAGGUGCCCCUGAAUUUUUGAUAAAAAGAUCGUCAAAAGUGAAUUUUCCUGUACCGCUUCUAUCUUUAAAGAAGCUAUCAACAAGAUGGAAAUCAGAUUAUUUCUUUGAUCUCACGAUACCUUGAAAAUCUCGGCAUCGAAUUUAAAAUGCCCGUUGCAACUCCACCAGGUGGUCGGUUGCAGACCAACUUUGGAUCUUCCUCCUCGCUGGCUGCUGUAGAAAGAGAACUUGGCCUGAACCUGAGCAGCACGAGCAAUACAUCUCCGAGGAAGCUGGAGAGUGCGAGACUGUCACAAACGUUAAACAUGGACAGAGACAGCAGAUUUUCCGUGACACAUUCUUCGAAUCCAUUGGACAGUGCCAGGAUGUCGUACAUGUCAGGUCUAGAUUCCAGUAGGCACUCCCAGAGCAGCCGAUUAGACAGCACCAGACCUUCUCUGGCGCAGACAUUAAGACAGGAUAUGAGGCAUGAUUCACUUUCCCGAAAUGAUGUGGUGAAAAGACGGGAUGAUCCAAGACACGACGCUCUCUACAGACAUGAUGACCCUCGAUAUGAAGCGCUCUCGCGACCUGACGAUGCUAAAUAUGAAGCUCUUUCUAGACAUGAGGGAGCUCCUAGACAAGACGCUCUCUCUAGACACAGUAGAAACACUGGCCAUGAUGCAAACAUCAGAGGAGAUGCUGUCUCUCGGCACAAUGCACGGAACGCUACAUAUGAUGCUAACAGUAGAUUUGAUACAGGAACUAGAGCAAACGUUCAUUUCCACACUGGAACGUCUGCUGAGGAAAGCACUGUUGAACGUACCGUCUCGAAACCUGAGCGACACGAGCGAGGAAGGCAGGAGAAGAAAAGAACGAGUAAAAAGCGGAAAUCUUUAGUUUCAGCAAAUAUCAGUGGAACAAGAUACGAUAUAGUGAGGCAAGUAGUAGAGCGUGCCGGCUAUAUCGUGACCAAAGACGAUGAUAUCAACAGCUUCUUGAUCUGGGUGGAUAGCUUUGUGUCAACCGACAGGAUAGCAGAGAUGAAACCUUACCAGAGGAUCAACCACUUCCCGGGAAUGGGUGAAGUGUGUAGAAAAGACUGUCUUGCCAGGAAUAUGUUCAAAAUGGCAAAGGCACAUCCAGAGGAAUACAACUUUGUGCCAAAAACCUGGAUUCUUCCAUCAGAGGGGACUGCCUUCAUGACCUAUGCAAGAGAGUUGAAGAAGAAGAAGAAAAACAAGACUUUCAUUGUGAAACCAGCCAACGGAGCAAUGGGAAAUGGCAUCCAGUUGUAUCGCAAUCCUGAAAAGAUCCCUCAGUCUGAGCACAUGAUCGUACAGGAGUACAUGGACAAACCCUUUCUCGUCGAUGGUUAUAAAUGUGACAUGCGGAUUUACGUCUUGGUGACCUCGUGUGACCCCCUUCGAGUGUUCCUCUACAAUGAUGGCCUACUGAGACUAAGCACGGAGAAAUACCUUAUACCUCAUGACACUAAUGUGGAUCAGCUGUACAUGCAUCUGACAAACUAUUCCAUAAACAAGCACAAUGAAAACUACACCAAAGGCGAGAGCUUAAACUCCGGCAGCAAAAGAUCGCUAAAAUUCUUCAACGAUUAUUUGCGAAAACAUGACUAUGACAUAGGAUUUAUGUGGAAGAGCAUCACAGACAUUAUAGUGAAGACUCUGAUCGUCGCUGAGCCACAUUUGCUCCAUGCGUAUCGAAUGUGCCGGCCUGGACAGGUAUCGGGCAGCGACAGUGUGUGCUUUGAAGUUCUUGGCUUUGAUAUUAUCAUGGAUAGGAAACUGAAACCUUGGCUGUUGGAGAUAAAUCGAUCUCCAAGCUUUGGAACGGAUGAACAGAUUGAUUUGCAGAUCAAAUCUGGAGUCCUUGACGAUGCCUUCAGGCUGCUAAAUAUCAGGGCCAGUGACAAAAAGAGGAAUAUCGCUGCCCAGAAGGCAGAGGCACAGAGGCGGUUGUUCCGUCCUAACAAAAGAAUCGAUAACGAUCAGUCAGAACUAAACAAGAAAAGACAAAGUGUCGAGAGGAAGAAGGAGGAACUGAAAGACCUGCUGAUGAAGGUGCGUCGAGGUGCUGCUCGGGAGGAAUACGAGAAUCGAAACUCGGGCCGCUACCAACGAAUCUUCCCACCGGACGACAAGUUCAAACAGGAGAAGUAUUCCACACUGUUAAACGAUGCAUUCUCAAUUUUCCUCUCUGGACGAUCGGGUUCCCUGCAAAAAGAGAUAGCAACGACUUAUAACCAAAAACUCAGGGAAGUCGACAUCCUUGACAUGAUAGCUCAGUGUGAAGCAGACGAGAUGCAAGGCAAAGCAGUCGUCACAGCCAAGCCUCCUCGGGGGCCCAAGCCACUCUCCAGCAUGCCCACGUAUGAGCCUGAACCAAGAGACAAUGGCGACGAAUCCAUGUCAGUCGACAGCGAUGACGAAAACUUCUCCCUAUCACGAUCGCAGACGAACUAUGAGGGGCGUUCGCGUGCUCAAAGAGGUCAGAUGUCACGGCCGUCAACACAGCAGUCGAACCGUCCGUCCUCUGAACAUAGACCUGCUAUUAGACAGAAGAGUCAACAGCGGUCAAAGUCUCUAACCAGACCUGGCAGUUCAACCAGAGUGCCGCCUACUAAUGUUACUAUUGACGACCUGUACAUGAACAACGCAAUCCGGGACAGAGAGGAAGAUUACACGAAGAAGACGCUGGUUGCGUUGAACGACAUGCGCAUUAAGUUCCCAGGGAAGAGUGACGAGGAGGCAGAGUUUGUCCUCGAUAAGUUGCACGAGAGCUGGAAGUUUCACAAGCCUCGGGUGGCAUCGUACUGGCUAGUCAAGUUGGAUUCCAUCAAGAGACGAAAGGUGAUAGAUAUUGUGCGAUCAAAUGUGCGAGCUGUCCUUCAGAGAGUUUGGAGGACAACAGACGUCGAGGCACUCAAACUUUAUCGCAUUUUCAGCCGGGUGUUCAAUCGUUUGUUAUGGAGUCACGGCCAGGGCCUCUGGAACUGUUUCUCAACAUCAGGGAGUUCAUGGGAGACGAUCUUCAGUAAGAGUACGGAUGCGAUCAGUCAGUACGAGAUGAACUGUUCGCGAAGGAUCGUACAGCUCUGCAAGGAUUGCCUCCUCAUCGUUUAUCAAUUUGCCGCCGACGCCAAACAGCAACAAGCUAAUCAGGAAAAUGUGGAUCCGAGGUGCAAAACUGGCCAGACUGUCUGGUUCUACUCACUCCGCAUCUAAUGCUAACAAACAUGAAAAACAGAUGGCAGCGACCAACCGCCUGAGUCAAGUCCCACAGUUACGGUUGGAAUGAGGCGACCUCUGUCAAGUCCUUCUUCAACCCCUCCAUGUGAUGGCAGAUUCAUGCGUCUCUGCCACUGUUUUGGUUCUUGGAAUGCAGAAGCACAGCAUAUAGACUGGGAGCAGGUACUUUGUAGUGACAAGGCACUAUUAGGGUGUUACAUGUAUCUAUAAUGUUAGUUUACUGUCUAGGGAGCUGGUCUCACUGAUUUCCAACUUGAGUUAGUUAGCGAAGUCCGGGGCUGUUUUGCGAUUCGAGCUAGAGGCUCAAAUGGAAAGAUGAGGUGCCUUGAGUGAAUGUUUAGCCCCAAAUAGACUAGAAGAGAACCAUAAACUUCUGUGUGCAACUAUCAAAGACCAAGGGGCUCUGCCUCUGCCUCACUCAUCGCGAUGAGGGAUUGUGUCACUUUACUUGGUGAAGUGGUUUUGUUCCGCAGAACCGGAUAAUGCGCCUUAAAAACUUUCUAUUUGAUAAGAAAUAGUUGUAAGAUUGAUGAAUUUGGAAUGGUUUUACAUUCAAGAUGUUUAGCGAAUUGAGUUGAUCAUUAAAAAUGAAAACCAUGUUAUUUAACUGAAAACCAAAUUUGAGUGAAAUGACCAUUGUCACAACUGAGAAACGAUUCUAUAUUACUAUUUUUGAUUAUACUUACAGUGGUCUGUCUGUUUUACUUUGAGCUCCCUGAAAUACAUAUCUCAGUUAUGAGACAAAAAGAUUGUUAAAAGAUACUGUCUGAACAAGCUACAGAUGCCAAAUUUAGAUAAGAAAAAUCUCAGGUCUUGUGUACCGAUGUGCUGUGAUACUUUUCUUGUUAGAAAGCAAUCUGUUUGUGAUGUCCUUUGUUGUUGAUAUGCCGUCCAAAAGAGCAAAUAUUUUAAUCAGGUUGUUGGUCUUGGAUUGUUUGAGGGUGUCCCAUCCUGAUGUUUGUUCAUGGGUUGGCGAUGCAAAUGAAGAGUUUCAGUACAAACCGAGAUACGCUCAAAAUACAAUAUUUUGAGUUAACUGUACCAUAAGCAUAUAAUGGCUCAUUUGUCAUUUUGGAGCAAUAGGGCCAAGAGUGAACCUUUAUUGUUAAAAACUUUGCAAAUUUCCAAUGCAUUUUCAAAUAAAACCAAACUUUGAAGCCAUUUAUCACAAAAUUGUAAAAAUGGCUAUUUCUUGAUUUGGGAUGAAACACUUCAAAUUAUCUGUACAUUGGUACCAAUCUGGUGAUUGCUUUCACAUUUUGAGGUUCUUGCGCACAAGCACAGAAUAAUUGUAUGUAAUUUGAGGAAAAAAAGUUGAAGUUGGUGAUGUGACCGACAGAUGAAGUAGUCUGUAGAAAAUAUUUUCAAUUCUUGUAUUUCAGUUAUAUUCUUUGUUGAUUUUAUAGAAUCAUCAUUCAUGUAAUUGAGAAGAAAGUGAUUCUGAUACCAUCCUGUCAUAAUAUUCUGCUGUGAUAUCUUAGGGUUCGUAGUCAGUAGAUGGUAUAUAUGAUAAAAAUAAUAAUGAUAGUUAUGAACACCUUAGAGAAAGCAUAAUUCUGCAAAUCUGAAUGUACCUCGUCCUCAAAAUAUAGUGAGGCUGACUGUUCUCCUGACAAGUUGCUGAAUAGACAGUUUGAGAUCCUGAAGUGACCUAUGCAAAAACAGAACAAUCUUAUGUUGAAGGAAACAGAAACAUUUUGCAAUAAAAAAGUUAAGUAAUCAUAAAAAUUAUAGCGGUAGUUAGUGUGUCAGAAUUUUCAUUACUGGGUUAGUUAUCAUUUAUAUUUUUUAUUCAUAAUUUUGAUAUUGUGUUUUACGAAUGAAGUUGUCAUAUGUGAUCAGUGAACCGUCCAUGUAUACAUCAAAACCUAAUGAUAUGUUCUUAUAAAUGUAGCUCAACGGUUACAUUAUUACCUGGAGACAGUUUUAGCCUGUCACACUUUGGAGCAAAAUACCAGUACUAUCGAAAACUGUGUAUCACUACUCCGUCCAGCACCUCAGAAUUUUAUGGCGCAUAAUCUCUGGCACAGGUGAUUGUAGAAUUCUGUUUUAUUUGAGCUUUAAUUCUUGUAUUUGAAUAUUUUGCAUAUUAUGUACAAAUAAAUAUAUCUCUU